AUGAAAACCCUUGUCGCCUCAUUGGCGCUUUUGGUUGUCGUUGUUCGAUGUUCGCCGUGCCCGCGCGGUUGGAACCUAUUCGACAGAAAAAGCGGCGGAUGGUGCAUUGGUGUGUUCAGUGGUACGGUGACGCGCGACGCCGCUGAAGAGGAAUGCCAGGGACGAGGCGCGACGCUCAGCGGAAUCGAAAGUGCCGCCGAGCGUCGGCAAGUGGUUCAGAUGGCGAAGGCGUCCCUUCAGAGUAUCAAUCAGCCGAAUGGCGCGUUUUGGCUUGGCGCCAAACGCAAGGACAAUUGUAUGGGCACGAACUAUCGAUCAGGUGAUUGCAUCUACAACCAAUUCGAAUGGACCGAUGGCGAGACGGAAGGCGUCCGCGGAUUCUACUUCCGACCGGGACAGCCGGACAACUCGCAACUCAAUCAGAAUUGCCUGUACAUGUUCGUUGGAGAGCCGAACACCCCCGAUCGAUGGGGACCCAACAAUCCGGGAGAGAUGGACGAUUCAGCAUGCACCUACUCGUUCAAUAACGACUUCCAGAACAAGAUUCGCGCGAUUCAGGGAUUCGUUUGCGGACGACCCGCCGUCAGCUAA